AUAAUACAAUUUUCAGAGCGAACGAAGAGCACCUGAGAAUUGCAUAAAUGGGCAUUAAAUCGGUAGCCAAAGGUCAUUGCUGAUAAGAAUGCACUUCGAGGGUGACCCCGACAAUCUGUCAAGAAGGUAAUUCCACAGCAAGCACUUAGAGCCGAGUGACGGAUGAGCAACCGAAACCCAAUAACAACCCAAAACUGAUAAGAAGCACGACCGCGGAGAACGGAGAACAAGUUAAAUAGGCUCCGUGGAGAGCUAAACGCUCAGUUGGCAAGCAAGCGCGGAGCAAAACAGACGUACGAAAACACAGAUGCAUGAAUGAGAGUGCCAGAAACGGGUUAAGAAACGUUAACACUCAACGGUCAGCGAUCUUUGGCAUCAUCUUCAUCUGCAAUCUCGUCCGAGAUCGGGCGUUUUUAGGCAUCGGAAUCCGAAGAGUUUCAAGGGCAACGCUCGCCUUUUAACCAAUCUGAAUCACUAGACGGGGAAUCUUCAAUUUACUUUUGAGAAAUCACCUGUAAAGCAGGUGAGUUAGGCGGUUUUUGCCAGACAGACAGGAUGGCCCCACCCACCGUUUUGGUCACCGGAGGAGCCGGCUACAUUGGCUCCCACACGGUUCUGGAGAUGCUGAACGCGGGCUACAACGUCAUCUGCGUGGACAACCUGUGCAACGCCUACAGCAGCGGAGCCAAACUGCCGGAGGCCCUGAGCCGCGUGCAGGAAAUAACCGGCAAGAAGGUCAACUUCUACCGCGUGGACAUCACGGACAGGGAGCAAGUGCGCUCCGUCUUCCAGGAGCACAAAAUCGACAUGGUGGCCCACUUUGCCGCCCUAAAGGCCGUUGGAGAGUCCUGCCGCAUCCCUCUGCAGUACUACCACAACAACAUGACCGGCACGAAUGUCCUGCUAGAGGCGAUGGCCGACAACAAUGUGUUCAAGUUCGUCUACAGCUCCAGUGCCACCGUCUACGGAGAGCCCAAAUUCCUGCCCGUGACCGAGGAGCACCCCACGGGCAACUGCACAUCGCCCUACGGCAAGACCAAAUACUUUACCGAGGAGAUUCUGAAGGACCUGUGCAAGUCAGACAAGCGGUGGGCCGUGGUCUCGCUGCGCUACUUCAAUCCGGUGGGCGCCCACAUCAGCGGGCGGAUUGGCGAGGAUCCCAACGGCGAGCCAAACAACCUGAUGCCCUACAUCGCCCAGGUGGCCGUGGGCCGACGUCCCAGCCUGAGCGUCUACGGCAGCGACUUCCCCACGCACGACGGCACCGGAGUGCGCGACUACAUCCACAUCGUGGACCUGGCCGAGGGCCAUGUGAAGGCGCUGGACAAGCUGCGCAACAUCGCGGAGACGGGCUUCUUUGCCUACAACCUGGGCACCGGGGUGGGCUACUCGGUGCUGGAUAUGGUGAAGGCGUUCGAGAAGGCCUCCGGCAAGAAGGUGAACUACACGCUGGUGGACCGACGGUCUGGCGAUGUGGCCACCUGCUACGCGGACGCCACGCUGGCGGAUCAGAAACUGGGCUGGAAGGCGGUCAGGGGCAUAGACAAAAUGUGCGAGGACACGUGGCGCUGGCAGAGCCAGAACCCCAACGGAUAUGCCAACAAGUAGAGCAGUCCUGCCCCGAUCCUGCCCCUCUGCAAGUUCCUGAGUUACUACACCCUCCUGACGGCUCAGGUAGCAAUUUCUAUUCGCCUCUAGUUGUGUAUAUUCUUUCCAAAUUUCGUGUAGUAUUCCAUAUUUUCGAUGUGUGCAAGUGUGUGUAUGUAAAUCCAAAGUACUUUGUAAUUAAAAAAGGCUUUUCGCUGUUGUCAUGUAA